GUUCGCUUGGAUGGAAUCUCCAUAUUCAUGAGGACUGAAGAACAUACAUGGCAGUCGGAUUGUUCCCAAAGCCUCUAGCAUAUCCUCCCUUCUAUGGACGGGAGCAUGCCUAUGUCCUUGCCUUGCAUCAUACAAUCUUCAAGCCAGGUUCCGCGCUAACGGCCGUCCAAGCCCUGGUUGCACAUUCAGGGCCGUCAACUCCCCUGUGCAGUGCGUCCCUUGUGGUGGUUGCUUUUUUCCAAGCUGCGCGCUCGGUUGGCGUGAUCAUCGCCCACGUCACUUGUCCACAACAGUCGGGCUGCCGGGACUGGCCCGGAAUUGUUUGGUUCGGCACUGGUCGGAUCUGGUUGGGUUUUCCAGGUUCUUGCCUGGGUCAGAUUGAAAACUCCCACCAUCGUCCGUUCGCGAGUCUCCCCCUCCCUCCCCUAUUCAGACGAGCUUGGUGAAAGGCCUGGUCGGCGUCGAGCUCGCCACAGUCCACCACCAUGCAGCGUGUUUCGUCCUUUUUCCCCUCGUGGGAGCGGCCGAGGCAAGCCAGUAUCAGCAGCACCAGGACGACGGCAUCGACACCGGUGACGGAUGCCCCGGCUUCAACACCGGGGGCUCUUGGGAAAGUUUUUGGAUGGGCCGGAAAGAUCGCCGUCCCUGCCCAUCGUCUCAGCACAUCAUCGGCAGCGAGCAAGACACCUACCCGUUUCGAUCGCGAGACAUACUGGCCGACAACGCUCGACAAGGAAUGUGACAAGGCUGCUAGAAUACUAAAGUCGUUCUGCUUCGAUGGGUUUCAAUUUCCAGAAGCGCAACCAAUACGAACCGAAUCACCACCUACCGAUCCCCCAUCGCAGUCUGCACAGAUAUACACUACCAAAAAGAUCCCGCCUCGAAUAAUACAGAAUGCCGUUGGUAUCGCCAUCUUCUCCUGUAUGCGAUCCGGCCUCUGGAUGUCGGGCUCCGGUGGCGCUGGUCUCAUCACCGCUCGGAAAGCUGAUGGAACAUGGUCACCUCCAUCUGGAAUAAUACUCCACACAGCCGAGCUUGGCUUUGUGAUCGGUGUCGACAUAUACGACUGCGUUCUGGUAAUCAACAGCGUCCAGACCCUGGAGCUCUUCACCCGCCCGAGACUGAUGCUGGGCGACGACGUCAGCCUCGCUGUGGGGCCGUUAACUGCCAUGGAGGGCCCGGAACCGGAAAUCAAGUGGAAGGAAAUUGGUGAUACUGUAUUGACGUAUGUGAAGGCUAGGGGAAAGCAUCAAGCAGUGGCACUUGACGGAUCCUUGGUCACAGAACGGACGAACGAAAACGAAAGAUUUUACAGCGCCAAUGUUUCGGUUUUAGACAUCCUUGCUGGCAACGUCCCCAAGACUAUCCCGGAAAUGCGUCCUUUAUUUGAGGUCAUCAAGGCUGCCGAGGGUCGAACUGAUUUUGACAAGCCCCUUUUUGAGUGGCUAGCACAGCAACCGGCUCCCGGAGACGCGGUCAUCGAGAUUCCCAGAAUGCCCCCGCCGACACCUUCGACCCUCUCCUUCGGCAUUCCCGACGCCAACGACCCGGACCCUUUUGGCGUUAUAGGCCUUGAAAUGGCCGGUAUCGAGAUCCGCGAAGCUGGCUCCAAGUUGAGACCGACGAGCACACAGUUCGAAUACCACCCCAGUCCGACAAGCCCUGUCUUUGCUCGGUUCAGCCGCCAGAGCAUAGAGACGUUCGUUUCUAGGAGCAACCGAGGCAGCUGCAUGUCGUCGAGGACACAGGCCACCGCCGUGACGGAUGCCUACACCCAGACGGACGUGACGAGCCAGGCUGAAACCAGCUUUAGCCGCGCAAAUAGCGAUGACGGGAAAGACGCGAUGUCCGACAAGUUGCCUACUGUUGUUGAACCUGAGGAAGUUGACUACACAAAAGUUGACACAAGCUUCAUUGAAAGACUCCGGAAACGCUCCUCGGAGGUACCCCCAGCACAGAUUGCAGAGUUCAAAGAGAUGGAAGUAAUUCAGGAGGUCAAGGAGGAGAAGCUCGUAGAGCAGGCGAGGGAAACGCAAGUUGUGGCUGAGAAGGAGACUCAAACAAUUUCUAGGGAUGCCAAUGCCCCUGCAACUUCGACCGGAUCUCUCCCAGAGGCGGAUGACGAGCGCGACGAAGAUGCCGACGACGAAGAUGACGAAGAGGAUGAGGAGGAGCCUAUCAUCUCCAAAGGCGCCAAUGUAGUAACCAUCGCAAAACGAGUUCCGCCUCCUCUUCCCGCCAGGAGUCCGGCUCGCGUGUCUCGCGGUAGCAAAACUGAGUACGGUGACGUGUCGUCACUUCGAAGCCCCGUUCGCAACUCAUUUCUCUCGAUCUCGUCCCACACCGAGGAUGUUGAUACUGCUGGCGAUGUUUCUAUCGACGAAGCCAUCUCAACCAGCGGUCAGGAGCAAAACUCGAUCAAAGUCGACUCACGCCCCAACAGCCCUCGCCACCAAAAGAACUCGUCAUCGGUCAGCACUGCCAUUGCAGUCCAGACCAACUUGGAACAGAGAAAGAGUCAUGAAAGCGACCAGGUCCCACCGGUACCGCAGAACAUUGAACUGCCCUCGUCGGCGGAAGAGGAGAGUGAAAGAGAACCGCGGACCCCCCUUACGGAAAAUGAGUUUCUCAGCGCCACUGAACAUCCUCAGGAAGAGACCAAGGCGGCGAAUGGCGCGAAAGCCCUAAGAAUAAUCUCGCCUUCUGGUAGCACAGAAGGAAGCUCGGUCGCUCUUUCUUGAGCGGAUGGCGGUACGGCGCUUGAUGGCGUUUGUUAGUGUGAAAGGGGACAUACGUGGGUGGUCAUGUUUGUAUGUCAUAGGACAUGCACCUUUCUUCUGUUUAGCCGGCAGGCCUAAGCCGAGGCCGAGACUUGGGGGGAAAUGUGUGGAAUAGGUAGGGCUGGUGGUUUUUCUUUGCAACGGCUGAUACCUUCAUGACUGGGCGUUUUACAGGUCUUGGGUUGAACUGGGAUGGGUUUGGGCGAAUUCAACGCCUCGAUCUUGGGCGUUUGGUGGAGAGGGUCAUGGUUCACUGCCAGCGGGAGCUUGACGAGUGGACUGGGAGACUGGGCGAUUUUGAUAUACCUUGGAAUCUCUGUAUUUAGUAAUGUUUAUGGGGGUGGCCUAACUACGGCUUUGGCACUUACGGCUCAUAUGGGUCAGUAUAGGCAUGAUGAAUGAUACUCUCAGGCAUCAGAGCUGGGACCAAGCUGUUUCAAUAUAUUAUACAAAUCAGACUACGGCACCCAGUUGCUGUUCAAGACU